AUGGUUAUGAGAGCACGCGUCUUGCCUAUAGUUCGCUCCCUAGUGCGAUUUAACUCUAAUCUCACCACAACUCGCAACCCUUCAGCUUACGUUCUUGACCCAACCUCAGAUGUUUCCCAAUUUUCAAAGAGCAAGCUCGUCUACCACGGAGAACUUGAGGAUGGGGUAAUUCCUGAAGCACUCAAGUAUUCUUAUCCUUGCAACCAAGCAACCCUUUCCAAUGGCCUUUUGGUUGCAUCAGAAGCUAGCCAUAACGCUUUAGCUCACUUAUGUGUUAUUGUGAAAGCUGGUGUCCGUAAUGAAAAUUUCCAAGUCAAUGGAAUUGGCCACUUUGUUAGAAAACUCAGAUUUAAAGGGACCGAGCAAAGAAGCAAGUUUCAGCUGGCUGGAGAUGUAGAAAACAUUGGAGGCGAGCUUAGGAUUAAAGCAGGAAAAGAAGUCACUGAGUUUCACAUUGAAGUGCCUAAAGCUUAUACUGCAAAAGCAAUGGAAAUUCUUGCUGACGUCGUCCUUUCUUCAAAAUUCAACAAAAACGCUAUUGAAGAACAAAAGGCUGAAAGCGCUGAAGCACUUUUUGACACAGCUGACAACAAAAGACUGAUUUUAGAAAAUAUUCACUACACUGCAUAUAGGGACCACAUGAUUGGGCAGCCAAUUAGAGGAAACCAAAAAAGCAUUCAGAAUAUCACUCAGGACGCUAUCAAAGAUUAUAUUGAUGCUCACUAUAUUGCUCCAAGAAUGGUUUUGACUGCUACUGGAAAUGUAGACCACAAACAAAUAGCUGAAUUAGGAGAAAAAUAUUUUGGAAAAGUUGCUAAACCUUUAUGCGAAUUAUAAUUGAAAUUCUUUUUUUAGAAAAUUAAUCCUCUUUAAAAGCGAGCAAAAAUUUUUUGUGUAAAAUAUUUUAAUAUAAAUUUAAUAAUUGUUAUUAGCUAAUUCAUUAAAUUUUAAGCAGUUUUAUUUCUUAAAUAUAAAUUAAAUUAGAUUUUUUUUAUAUUUAGGAUUUAUAAGAUCGAUAAAAAUUUUUAUUUAUUGUGCAUUAUUGUUUUUAAAAAAAAUUAGCCUUCUUCAAGAGCGAGUAAACCAAUAUUUGCUCACUUUAAAGGAGGAGAGUAAGUCAGGCAGAGAAAUUACAGGAGAUGACAGACCAAUUUUUACACCUUCAACCGUCACUAUUAGAGAUGAUGAUGUAGAUUUAGCUCAUAUGGGGAUUUUCUUCCAAGCCCCAAGCUGGAAUCAUGAAGACUUCUAUGCUUUCCAAAUGUUAGUAAGACUGUGUGGAGACUACGUGCCUGAAAGAGACUCUAUCAUUAACCACGCAUGGCUUCAGUAUAACUAUUUCCAUACCUGGUUUGGAGAAAUCGAAGAUUUCGGAGGACACUCAAACCACUAUUUCCCUUAUAGCAAUGCUGCAAUAUGGGGGCAUUAUACUCAAAGUUUAGAUUUGUCAGCCUUUAUUUCCCCUCAAGCUUGUUUAUGUGGAACAAAACGCUACACUGACUACAUUAUGGAGUCUGAACUUUAUAGAGCUAGAAAUCGCUAUUAUAAUGACUUAUUAAACAACACCAAUUUAGGCUCAUGGUCAAGCGAAAUCGGCACUGAAUUACUAUACGCCAAGAGAAGAAUCCCAAGAUCUGAAGUUGCUAAAAGAAUUUCUUGCAUGGGAUCUAGGCAUCUAGAAAAGACUUUGCGCUAACUCCCAAUUAAAAAUCGUGUUGUGAUCAGGGGGUUUUCUUUUAAUGAGUUUAUGAUUUAAAAAAAAUCCAAUUUGUAAAUAUUUAGAAAAAUAUUUUAUAUAAUUCAUAAAUUUAUGUUUUAAAACGCAGGCUGUCUAAAAUUCUAUAUAUGCUUACUUCAGAUUCAAUUAUUAUAAAAUAAAUUUAUACAAAAUAUAUUUAAUAAAAAAUUUACUCACUGCCAAGGAUGCUAACUUUAUAAUGCGCUAAGUGGCUUUGGGACUGCGAACUUGCUGUUGCCAUGUAUGGCCCAGUCUUUAUGCAAAUCAGGUUCCACAGCGUUUAUAGAGGUUAUAUGAACGGAGGAAAUAUGUGGUAA